AUGGGUUACGCGCCGUCGUCUUCCACCUCCGCCGCCGGUUCUUAUGCAGCAGCCCCUAUCCCUCGCCAGCCGUCGCAGUAUCCGCAUUCGUCUGGCCGCAGGUCUCUCCGACUCGAUGUCCGUACCGGCGACGAUGGCACCCGUCGUCCCUUCACGCCCGCCUCUCCCGAAGUGAUUUCCUCUCUCAUCACCAGUUUGUCGGGCAUAUCGGAGCCUGCCAACACAUAUUUCAACAAGCCUCUACCUGUCUCGCCCGGCCACGGGAGCUUCGGUGUCGACUACGGCGCCUUCAGAUCAUCCUCGCUUAGGGCCGACCAGGAGGACAACGUCCCCCUCGACGAACUGGCCGCCUGCCCACCCGUCAUCCGCACCGCGCCUCCCCCAUCAGGACUUUCACCACUGACGACCCCCAAGUCACCAAGAUCCCCACGUCGCGAGUCCUCCGGCGGCCUCAGAUCCCUGCUGCGGUCCUCGCGCCCCUCGUCCAGGAGCUCUGCGUCCUCGUACGAUGACAAUCGCAGCACGCGAAGUAUCGGUAACCCUUCUAUUGAGCCUGGAACACACUCCACGCAGGAACUACAUCGACAACGAUCUCAAGACAGCUGGGGAAAGAAACCAGGGCGCAACAGUAAGGGACUGAUGUACAUGAGCUCUAAAGAGAGGCUGCGGGCCGGUGAAGCCGAGCGCAAGCGAUCCAGUUUCGGGGUCUUGGGAGGCGCUCUCGACAGUGUCGUAGGCGGGCCCCUGUCGCCGCGGACGGAUUCUUCGCUCGCAGAGACCCCAAUCAGCGAAGAGCCCCCCUUCCUCGAGCUCGACACGCCUUACGAAUUGUACGAGCUUCCAGAGCCGAGUCCUACCUUUGAUCAGGCAUUCCAACGACCGGUCCCCGCUCGUGAUUCAUCCCUGCGCAGGACUAGCUCAAGCACGAGGCGAUCUUCACGUCGAUCAAAACGAGAAGGCGAAAGCAACGUCAGGAGUAGUAUACCCGAAAACGAAGAGCACGAUCACUUCCACGACAUGUCUCUUCCUAAGCGUACGAUGCCAGCGCGGUCUGCGUCGGCAAACGAUGCCAACAGGAGAAAGGAGGAUACAUUGCGAGCAGACCUGCCAACCCCUAGCAGACUGAGCGUGUCCCCCACCAAGACGUCUCAUGAAAAAUCAAACACGAACAAAAGUAGAGCGCAUUCGGAAGACCCCCUCGAGGAUGGUGCGCCGUAUCCAGCAGUCUAUUCUAGCAGGCGCAGGACUUCCCGCAGCGCUGACAGGAGGAAGUCUGGUCGCACUACCCCCGAACCAGGCGAUGCUCUCAAGAUGAAGCGGAGCAGCUCCCGGUUAAGCCGGUUGUCUGUCGGCCCCAAGAGCCCUGAACAAGAAAAGGCAGCAACUCCGGAACGGAUUGUUAGCUAUGAGAGACCGAAAAGCGUGGACUCUGUAGACGAUGCGGUUGAAUCGUAUCUCUGCUCUCCACGACUAUCGCAGAAGAUCAAGCACCCACAAACGGGUCGUGUGAUAUCUUUUUCAGAGGUAGGCGACUCAGAAGGCUCGGCAGUAUUUUGCUGCGUCGGAAUGGGUUUAACGAGGUACAUCAUGGCAUUCUAUGAUGAGCUCGCACUGACCCUGAAAUUACGGCUCAUUACUCCUGACCGUCCUGGUGUUGGCGAUAGUGAACCAUAUGCGGAUGGCACAGCUACGCCGCUGAGCUGGCCAGAUGACGUGUAUGCCAUUUGCCAGGCAUUGAAAAUUACGAAGUUCUCCAUACUCGCCCAUUCAGCGGGGGCCAUCUACGCGCUCGCUACGGCACUUCGGAUGCCACAACAUAUUCGUGGACGCAUCCAUUUGCUAGCACCAUGGAUCCCGCCCUCGCAAAUGAAUGUGUUUGGUACUUCUCAGGCAAUGCCACCCACAAAUGCCAUCCCAACCUCGCAACGAAUCCUUCGCGCUUUGCCUACUCCAUUUCUGAAAGCCGCCAAUAGCUCUUUCAUGACAGCAACAAGCAGUUCAAUUACUAGUUCGCUCCCGAAAGAGAAAAGGAAAACGAAACGGAAAGCGACCGCUGCUGCUACUGGACGCCGUGAUACAACUCCAAAUAUGGACAAGGAGAAUAUGGCAGGGCUUCCUGUUGGAGACAAGGACCUACCGGCAGAACCCACGGAAAGCAUGGAUCAGAUCAAACCUCAUGGCUCUGACUUUGGCACACCGCAUCCGGCAGCGCCUGACGCAGUAAAUGAUGAUGAAGCGGAGAAGGAGCGCCAAGUUUCUUAUGACACCCGCUUGACAUACGCAAUAUGGGAUCUCGCAACAACCGGUGCAAAUCCUGCUGUUGAUCUUCUUGUGUGUCUGGAACGACGGCACACUGUUGGUUUCCGCUAUGUCGAUAUCACUCGUCCGGUCGUCAUCCACCAUGGUAGCCGGGAUAACCGGGUCCCUGUGGAUAACGUAAGAUGGCUCGGCAAGACUAUGCGAAGAUGCGAGGUUCGAGUAUUAGAGGGCGAGGGUCAUGGGCUCAUGGCUAGCGCAACCGUUAUGGGUAAUGUUCUCAUGGAAAUAUCCAAGGAGUGGGAGGAUUGGAACAAGGCAACUGGCAGCCAAAGGGAAAGAGGGAGAAGCUUUCGGGUAGGCGGGAGGUAA